GUAACUGAGGUCAAAGUUCUUCCAGUUCAGUCAUUACAGAAACUGUAUGAAGAGUGAUGGCUCCUGUUGAGGAGGGUCUGAUCACCUGGUUAUCAGGUUGUUCUUCCUCCCUUCAGAUUAGCAUUGUGUCAGCCAUCUUCAUCAUCAUUUAUGUCACAGUCUACAGCCUUUGUACUAGCUGUUUCAGUAUGUCUGACAGUGUUUCACCCAGGUAUUUGCUCAGACGAGAGAAAACAAAUAUUCCAUCGGCACCUCAACAAAAUAAACUACCUGAGUCCCAGAGUGUUGAAUAUAUGCUAGAUGCCAAGGAUCUAACUGAUCAUAUAUACUCACUCGUGGAGGCUGAACUGAAUGAGGAAAAUCCUUAUGAGUGCAUUAGUGAGCCUCCGUUACAGCCUCCAUCUGACAAAGCUGACGGGGAGAAUGAGAGCCCUUCCCCAGCAAUGACAAAGCCUGAUGAUAAUCACUCUGUCUCAGCCCUCAACAAAGCAGUAAACAAGCAGGCAGUGGAGCAGCCUGAUGCUUUACCUCAACAUUUGACCGACUCAGAACCGACUGCUGUCUAUGCUGCAGUGAACUGGAAAACCAAGAGUCAGAAGAACAUAACACCUCUCUCUGAUACGGAUACUGUGCUUGAUAUGAGUGAUAUUGCUAUGGAGGCUGUCCCUCCCAUUCCAGACAAACAUUUCUAGUAUGACGAAAGGGCAACAUUUUCAUUUACAAUGCAUUAUUUGUAUUUAUUCACAUUUUGCAAGCCUUAAAACAAACUUGCAACACAUAUAAACAUUGUUAGAAAUAAGUAUUUUUGUAUUUAUUGAUUUUUAUCAUGUGAACUAAUAAAUAUAUCCAUUCAUUGCUGCAACUUCAUAUAAAACUAUAAAGGAAGCCAACCAUGUCUGGGUUAUUGUAGGUCAGUGUGAGUCACAUGACACAAUGCCUCGAGCCAAUACCCAGACUGGAUUCAGAGACUGAAA